AUUCACAUCGCAUUCUGCACUAUUUGUAUACACGAGAAUCUGUCAACUAGUUUUGAUUUACUCUUGUCUAGGGAUUAAUGAACAUGAUUUCUCAACCAGUCUUAUCAUCAUCAACAUCCGGUCAUGGUCUUUCUAUAUCAGACAAGUUCACAACACCUAUAGUCUCACAACCGCCUUUAUUAAAUACUGUUGGUUUACAUGAUGUCAGUUAUGAAUAUUUACCGUAUAUUUUCAACAGUUUUCUCAAUCCAAAUAACCAGCAUCAUCAUCAAAAUGAUUGUAAUAAUACAUCUUUACAUCAUCAAUUAAUACCAAACAAUUCUGACAUUUUAAAUCUAAAUGCUCUUCAAAUACCAAUUUUUGAAAUGAUAAUUGCUAAUCGCAAUAAUAAAAUUAAUGAUUCUAUUAUAAAUAACAAUCCUAUGAUGAAUAUGACAUCAGUACCUAAGAAUUCUGAGAAUAAUUCAUCAUUUACAAAUUUUUCAUUAACAUCAUCAUUAACCAGAGCGAUAAGUUCAAAUGCAAAUUCAAUAGGUUCACAAAUUUUACCUAUUUGUACACCAUUACUUCAACUGGCUAUACGUCAUGCAUUAGCUGAAUGUUUUCCAAAUAAUAUACAAUUACAUAUUCAAGGAAGAUUAGAAAUAUCAAUGAAUACUAUAGAUAAUAAUAAUACUGAAAAUCCAAAUCAUAUUAAUACUACUACUAAUAGUAGUAACAGUAGUACAACUACUCUUUAUUUUAAUGAUACUUAUGAAUCACAGACAAAAUCAUCCAAUUUUUCAAAUGAAAACAAACAAGAAGAAAAUAAUAACAACAAUAAUCCAAUGUGUCAGAAAUUAAUUAAUCAACAGUCUACAACAUCCCGUCGUAAACCAUUAAAUCCUAGUAAAUGUUAUCCAUACGAUAUACUUUACAAUAAUCAUUAUAACAAUGAGCAGUGUGAAAACGACAACCAAAUUAUCAAUAAUAAUAACAGUAAUAAUAAUAGUAAUAAUUUCAAUUUACUACAUGUAAAUCAAUCAACGAGUCCAUUAUUAUCAACAUCAAGUCCAACAAGCCCAUCAUCUGAUUCAGGUGUAUUAGAUUUAUCACAUGGUGGUUCUCUAGCCGAUUCAGCACCAAUUACACCUUUAAAAGAAUUUCAAAUCUCUCAUUCACUUGGCAUUAGUAAUGAUAAGCAUAAUAGUAAUAAUAGUAACAAUAUAACUGAUGAUUAUCAUCAUUAUCAAUAUUUUAAUUUACAUGAUCAAUUGGAACAAUAUGAUUUACAUUGUUUUAAUCGUGAACAAGAUAUUUUAGAAUCAUAUAAAAAACAAUUGGCUGCAUUUAAUCAAAUUCAAGCUGUAUGGAAAAUGUCAACAUCAUCAACUAGUGAAAAAAUUUCAAAUUCUUCAUUAAAAUUUGAUCCUAAGAUAAAAUACAGUGAUAAUUCUAAUGACAAACAAAAACCGAAUUCUGAACCGAAUACACCUGCAAAGAUAGGACGUCGUACACGUACGAAUAUUGGUCAAACUGGACGUUUAACUUCAAUUCGACGUCAAAGUACCAAUCGUCGUUUUCCCUGUAAUCAAUGUAAGGAAGAAUUUCCAUCAUUACAUACAUUAGAACAGCAUACAUUAUCACAACAUGGCACUUAUAGAUGUCAUAUAUGUCAAGCUCAAUUUACACAACGAUCAAAUUUACAACGUCAUGCAUUAAAACAUGUCGGUUUCAAACCAUUUGAAUGUCGUGUUUGUUCUAAAGCAUAUUAUCGUAAAGAUCAUUUAAUGAGACAUAUGGAAAUGGGACAUCCAGGAUUUACACCAAGAGAUAAUAUCACUGUACAUUUAACAUCAUCCGAAAGUUUAGAUUAUUUAACUCGAUCAAAUAGUUUAGUUGAAAUUCAAUCAAUUCCAGAAAAUUAUGAACAACAAGAACAACAACAACCUAUGUUCACCGAUGAAACUUUAAUUGAAAAUGAAUAUUACAAUGAUAAUGAGCAUGAAAAUUUAGAUGAUACAAAUCUAUCUCCUUCACCAAUCAAUAAAUUACAUAAUGUUGAUUCAGUAUAUUCUCCCAUUAAAGAUGAAAUUAGUUUACCUUUACCAGAAGAACAAAUAAAAGAUUCAACACAAACUACACAAUGAUAAUGUUCCUCAGUUAGCAGCUAGAAUUUCAAUAAAAAUUCAUUGGUUCCCUGUUUGAUCAUUCUUCUUCCAAAUAAUACACCAUUGAACAUUUGAUAGAUAAAUAAAUAUUUAAAAAAAUAAACAAAAUCCGGUGAAUUCAUCUUCAAUUCUGUUGUAAAUAAAUUCAUGUCAUCAUCUAUUUUGCUAUUACAAAACUUUUUUUAUUUGUGUAUGAAAAUGUAUUUCCUCUUUUUUUAUUCUUCUUCUUCCUCCAUAUUUGUUUAUAUUUAAUAAAUAAUAAAGCAAUAACUAUUUUCUACUUUUGUAUUGAUCAAUUCAUUUGUAACUAUUCUGUUUUUUUAUUUUUCCAUUUUUACUCAAAAAAAGGCGUCAAAUCACCAUGACAACAACACCAUUAACAUCAACAACCCCUUUUUUGUACAUGUUUUAUUUUUUACCUAUCUUUUUUUCUAAUGAAAACUAAUACAUUCCGUUUUGUUUUAAUGAUGAAAAGAAAAAAUAUCCUAUUAAUGAAUAUAAGAAAAAAAAUAAAAUAAUUAUCUUUAUAAAA